AUGUUGUAUCCAUGGUUACCGACCAACCAGACUCCUUCUCUUUCCAACUCACUCCCUUCCCCCACCCCUCUCUCUCUCUCUCUCUCUCUUUCUUUCUCUCUCUUCCCACAACGCCAGCUCUAUCUUCUUCUCUCCUUCCGUAUACACUGCCUCUUUGACGCUACUUUCAUCUUAAGGUUCCCUUCUCCUUUUUUAUCUAUCUAUCUAUCUCAGUCUUUUUGUAUCUAUCUAUCUAUCUAUCUAUCUAUCUAUCUAUCUAUCUAUCUAUCUAUCUAUCUAUCUAUCUCCCUUCUUUCUUUCCCACAACUUUUCUCUCUUUUUCUCUCAUCGUUUAUCCUCACUAUCUAUCUCUAUUUAUUUCAAUCUGUUCGUAUCUAUCUAUCUAUCUAUCUAUCUUUAUCUAUCUAUCUAUCUAUCUAUCUACCUAUCUACCUAUCUAUCUAUCUAUCUAUAUAUCUAUGUCAGUCUGUUCGCAUCUAUAUAUGUAGCUUGCUAGUUAGCUCACUGUCUAUCUCAAUUUGUUCAUAUCUAUCUAUCUAUCUAUCUAUCUAUCUAUCUAUCUAUCUAUCCAUUUAUUCAGUUUUAUUCCUUUCAUCUCUCUUAAAAUAUAUCGCCAUUGUUCUCCAUCUCUCUUCCUCUCUGCCCCUCUCCCUCCCUCCCUCUCUGCCCCUCUCCCUCUCUCUCUAUCUCUCCCCCUCCAUAUAUCUCCUUCACUCUACCACUCUCUUUCCCUCCCUCUCUCACAUCCUCCCCAUCUCUCUCCCUCCAUCUCUCCCUAACUCUCUCUCUCUCUGCCUCUCUGCCUCUCUCUCUCUAUUCCCCUCUAUAUAUCUCCUUCUCUCCACCACUCACUCUCCCUCCCUCUCUCUCAUCCUUUCCAUCUCUCUCCCUCCCUCUCCCUCUAUCUCUCCCAUACGUGGCUUGUCCCAUACAUUGGUGUACCACUACCGAAACGCAUUAUAUACAUCUAUCUAUCUAUCUAUCUAUCUAUCUAUCUAUCAAGAAGACUUUACUCUUUGUCCUCUCUCUACCUCCUCUUUUAUUUCCCACUCACCUUCACUCUCCAUUCCUUUUCUCUCCCUUCUCUCCCCCUUCCUUCCCUCACACCAUCCUCUCUCCACUCAUUUCUUUUCCUACAACUUUCUCCUUCCCCUUCUCCCCUCUCUCAUUUCCCUCUCCUCCCCCUCUAUCCGUAAGUUUGGCUGGCUCUCUUUUCUCUGCCACCCCUCUUUCUCUCUUUCUAUUCAUGAAUGA